GAAAGUGAUCUUCGAGAAAUUCACCAAGACCUAGUGAACUGUUGUAAUUGUACUGAAAGAGAGAUCGAGGUGCAAGAGAGAUUAAGAACAGAACAACUGAAUGAGAUAUGUCAGCUUUCCGCUCGAAUCAGUGAACUCACCGAUCACGUAGAGAAAGCGCGGCUGAGAGAGGCAAUUAUUUCUGAUGAUAUCGAGUAUAACAUCAACAUGCUCAUGCAGAUGCGAACACGAGUUGACAAUAAACUUGUGGAAAUCAAGCAAAGGAAAAGGGAACACAAACACCAUUUAAAACAAAUGAAGAACGAAAUGCUUCUGAUGCAUCAAGAGCUGGGCGAAUGGGACAGAAAAUAUGACGAGCUGUGUGAAAUGAUAAAGCGAAUGGAAGUCACCCGCCGGCAGUUACAAGAAAGAAUCAAAGAGCAACAGCAGAGAGAAACAGCAGCUAAGGCA